UUUUUUAUCCAUUCAUCUAUUGAAGGGCAUCUCUGUUGGUUCCACAGUCUAGCUAUUGUGAAUUGUGCUGCUAUGAACAUCGAUGUGGCAGUAUCCCUUUAGUACGCUCUUUUAAAGUCUUCAGGGAAUAGUCCAAGAAGGGCAAUAGCUGGGUCAAAUGGUGGUUCCAUUCCCAGCUUUCCCAGGAAUCUCCAUACUGCUUUCCAAAUUGGCCGCACCAAUCUGCAGUCCCACCAGCAAUGUACAAGAGUACACUUUUCCCCACAUCCUCGCCAGCACUUGUUGUUGUUUGACUUAAUAAUGGCUACUAAUCUUACUGGAGUGAGAUGGUAUCUUAGGGUGGUUUUGAUUUGCAUUUCUCUGACUGCUAGAGAUGGUGAGCAUUUUUUCAUGUACUUGUUGAUUGAUUGUAUGUCCUCCUCUGAGAAGUGUCUGUUCAGGUCCUUGGCCCAUUUGUUGAUUGGGUUAUUUGUUAUCUUAUUGUUUAAUUUCUUGAGUUCUUUGUAUACUCUGGAUAUUAGGGCUCUAUCUGAAGUGUGAGGAGUAAAAAUUUGUUCCCAUGAUGUAGGCUCCCUAUUUACCUCUCUUAUUGUUUCUCUUGCUGAGAAAAAACUUUUUAGUUUAAGUAAGUCCCAUUUGUUGAUUCUUGUUAUUAACUCUUGUGCUAUGGGUGUCCUAUUAAGGAAUUUGGAGCCCGACCCCACAAUAUGUAGAUCAGAGCCAACUUUUUCUUCUAUCAGACGCAGAGUCUCUGAUUUGAUAUCAAGCUUCUUGAUCCAUUUUGAGUUCACUUUUGUGCUUGGCGAGAGGAGGGGAUUCAGUUUCAUUUUGUUGCAUAUGGAUUUCCAGUUUUCCCAGCACCAUUUGUUGAAGAUGCUAUCCUUCCUCCAUUGCAUGCGUUUAGCCCCUUUAUCAAAUAUAAGAUAGUUGUAACUUUGUGGAUUAGUCUCUGUGUCCUCUAUUCUGUACCAUUGGUCCACCCGCCUGUUUUGGUACCAGUACCAUGCUGUUUUUAUUACUAUUGCUCUGUAAUAUAGUUUGAAAUCUGGUAUCGCUAUACCGCCUAAUUCACACUUCCUGCUUAGAGUUGCUUUUGCUAUUCUGGGUCUUUGAUUGCUUUAUCUAUUUGUACAAGAAAUGCUGUUGGGAUUUUGAUUAGCAUUGCGUUAAACUUAUAGAGAACUUUUGGUAAUAUCGCCAUUUUGAUGAUGUUAGUUCUGCCUAUCCAUGAACAGGGUAUAUUUUUCCAUCUUCUAAGAUCUUCUUCUAUUUCUCUCUUUAGGGUUCUGUAGUUUUCAUUGUAUAAAUCUUUCACCUCUUUUGUUAGGUUGAUUCCCAAGUAUUUUUUUUUUUUUUUGAGGAUAUUGUGAAUGGGGUGUUUUUCCUCAUUUCCGUUUCAGAAGUUUUGUUGCUGAUAUACAGAAAUGCCUUUGAUUUAUGCAUGUUGAUUUUAUAUCCUGCCACUUUGCUGAAUUCAUUUAUUAGUUCUAGUAGUUUUUUUGUAGACCCUUUUGGGACUUCUAGGUAUAGAAUCAUGUUGUCCGCAAAUAGUGAUGGUUUAUGUUCUUCUUUUCCUAUUUUUAUGCCUUUAAUUUCUUUCGUCUGUCUAAUUGCUCUGGCCAGUGUUUCGAGAACUAUAUUGAAUAGAAGUGGUGAUAGAGGGCAUCCCUGUCUUGUUCCAGAUUUUAGAGGGAAUGCCUUCAAUUUUUCUCCAUUCAGAAUGAUGCUAGCCUGAGGCUUAGCAUAGAUAGCUUUUACAAUGUUGAGGUAAGUUCCUGUUAUCCCUAGUUUUUCUAAUGUUUUGAACAUAAAGGGAUGCUGUACUUUGUCCAAUGCUUUUUCUGCGUCUAUCGAGAUGAUGAUAUGGUUCUUAUCUUUAAGUCUAUUGAUGUGGUGAAUAACAUUUAUUGAUUUUCAUAUAUUGAACCAUCCUUGCAUCCCAGGGAUGAAUCCUACUUGAUGAUGGUACACAAUUUUUUUGAUGUGUUUUUGUAUCCGAUUCGCCAGAAUUUUAUUGAGGAUUUUUGCAUCUAGGUUCAUUAGGGAUAUUGGUCUGUAGUUUUCUUUCUUUGAGGUGUCUUUGUCUGGUUUCGGAAUCAGAGUGAUGUUGGCCUCAUAGAAUGAAUUUGGAAGAGCUCCCUCUUUUUCUAUUUCCUGAAAUAACUUGAGAAGUAUUGGUAUUAAUUCUUCUUUAAAGGUUUUGUAAAACUCCGCUGUAUACCCAUCCGGUCCUGGGCUUUUCUUGGUUGGUAGUCUUUUGAUUGCCUCUUCUAUUUCAUCAAUUGAUAUUGGUCUGUUCAAGUUGUGUGUAUCCUCCUGACUCAGUCUGGGCAAAUCAUAUGACUUAAGAAAUUUAUCGAUGUCUUCACUAUCUUCUAUUUUAUUGGAAUAUAGGUUUUCAAAAUAAUUCCUAAUUAUCUUCUGUAUUUCUGUAGUAUCUGUUGUGAUAUUGCCUUUUGCAUCCUGUAUGUUAGUAAUUUGAGUUCUCUCUCUUCUUCUCUUCUUUAGCAUGGCUAAGGGUCUGUUGAUCUUAUUUAUUUUUUCGAAGAACCAACUUUUAGUUUUGUUAAUUUUUUCAGUAGUUUCUUUUGUUUCCAUUUCGUUGAUUUCCGCUCUGAUUUUAAUUAUUUCUUGCCUUCUGCUACAUUUGCUGUUGUUUUGCUCUUCCUUUCCUAGGGCUUUGAGAUGAAGUGUGAGCUCAUUUAUUUGUUGGUUUUUUCUUUUUGUGAGGAAUGACCUCCAGGUGAUGAAUUUCCCUCUUAAAACUGCUUUCAUUGUGUCCCAUAGAUUCCGAUAUGUUGUGUCUGUAUUUUCAUUUAUCUCUAAGAAUUUUUUGAUUUCCUCCUUUAUGUCUUCUGUAACCCAUUGAUCAUUCAGUAACAUAUUGUUCAUUUUCCAUGUGAUGUAGGAUUUUUCCUUCCUUCUUUUAUCAUUGAUUUCCAGUUUCAUUCCAUUAUGAUCAGAUAAAAUACAUGGUAUUAUCUCCACCCCUUUAUAUUUACUGAGGGUUGCCCUAUGGCAUAAUAUAUGGUCUAUUUUUGAGAAGGAUCCAUGGGCUGCUGAGAAAAAAAGUAUAUCCACUUGAUGAUGGUUGAUAUAUUCUAUAUAUGUCAGUUAAGUCUAGGUUAUUGAUUGUGAUAUUGAGUUCUGUAGUUUCUUUAUUCAACUUUUGUUUGGAGGAUCUGUCCAAUGGUGAGAGAGGUGUGUUGAAGUCACCCAUAAUUAUUGUGUUGUGGUCUAUUUGAUUCUUGAACUUGAGGAGAAUUUGUUUUAUGAACGUCGCAGCACCAUUAUUUGGUGCAUAAAUAUUGAUAAUUGUUAUGUCUUGUUGGUGAAUGGUUCCUUUUAACAGUAUAUAAUGUCCUUCCUUAUCCCUUUUGAUUAACUUAGUCUUGAAGUCAAUUUUAUUCGAUACGAGGAUGGCCACCCCUGCUUGCUUACGAGGACAGUGUGCGUGGUAUAUUUUUUCCCAACCUUUCACCUUCAGCCUGUGUAUGUCUUUUCCAAUCAGAUGUGUCUCCUGGAGGCAGUAUAUUGUUGAAUUUGUUUUUUUUAAUGCAUGUUACCAGCCUAUGUCGCUUUAUUGGAGAGUUUAAGCCAUUAACGUUUAGAGUUACUAUUGAUAUAUGGUUUGUACUUCCAGCCAUGUUUGAUUAUUUAUCUUUUUUUUUUUUAAUUUAGUUUGUUUCUCCAUGAUUAGCUUUCCCCCCGCCCUCUGUCUUUACUGAGGCACUUCCCACUGAUGGUUUUGGUUAUUGUUUUUCAUUUCUUCCUUGUGUAGUGUUUUGCUCAAGAUGCUUUGCAAUGCUGGUUUUCUGGCUGCAAAUUCUUUUAACUUUUGUUUAUCAUGAAAGAUUUUUAUUUCGUUGUUGUACCUGAAGCAUAAUUUUGCUGGAUACAGAAUUCUUGGUUGGCAUCCAUUGUCUUUCAGUGUUUGAAAUACGUUGUUCCAGGAUCUUCUCGCUUUCAGCGUCUGUGAUGAAAAAUCCGUUGUUAACCUUAUUGGUUUACCCCUGAAUGUAGUCUGCCUUCUUUCUCUUGUAGCUUUUAAUAUUUUCUCGUUGUUCUGUAUAUUGGAUAUCUUCAUAACAAUGUGUCUUGGCGUUGGUCUACUGUGAUUUUGUAUGCUCGGUGUCCUGUAUGCAUCUACAAUUUGUAUAUCCGUUUCCUUUUUUAUUUCUGGAAAGUUUUCUAUAAUUAUUUCAUUCAGCGGGUUGCUCAUUCCCUUGGUUUGAACCUCUAUACCUUCCUCUAUCCCGAUGACUCUUAAGUUUGGUUUUUUUAUGUUAUCCCAUAUCUCUUGGGUGUUUUUCUCGUAAUUUUUUACCAGCCUUUCUGAGUUGGCUAGACUCUUUUCAAGAUGAUAUAUUUUGUCUUCAUUAUCUGAUGUUCUGGCUUCUACUUGCUCCACUCUGUUAGUGAUACUCUCAUUUGAGUUUUUAAUUUGGUUUAUAGUUUCCUUCAUUUCUAGAAUUAUUGUUUGAUUUUUUUUAUAAUCUCUAUCUCCUGAUAAAGAUGCUUAAUUUCUUCUUUUAUCUGUUUAUGUAAUUCAUUUUUAAUGUGUUCUUUCACUGUUUGAAUUUGCUGUCUCAUAUCCUCUUUAAGGUUCCAUUCCAUCUGUCUAAGGUAUUCCUUGAGUUCUUUAUUUGACCAUUUUUCUGAUGCCUCUAGGUCCUCCUGAAUAUUUAGGCUGUCCUGAAUUGUUUGUACUCCUUUUCUUCCUUGCUUUUUCAUGCUGCUCAUGUUACUUCUUGUUCUGUUUGACUGCUGAGUUACUGUUUACUCCUAUAAAUUUAUUUGAUGCUUGGGAGGAAAGGUAUUAGAAGGGAAGGGAAGAAGUCACUAAAGGGAAUGAGAGUAAGCAGGUAGAAUUCAAGGAAGGGGGAAUAAGGAAAUUGAAAAGAAAUGAAAAGACAAGAAAAAAAUAGAAAAUUGAAAAAAGAAAAAAUAAUAAUAAAAAAAUAAAAAUUAAAAUUAAAAAAUAAUAAAAAAAUUUAAAAAACAACAAAAAAAAUGGUUUUCUUUUUAUGAGAUAAUCCUUAAAUUUAUUGUUAUAGGGCAGUGCUUGAUAGCCAGAUUGAUAAAGUACAUUUCUUUCUUUCUGUCCAUGUGAAUGUUUUAUAAAUAGUAGAAAUUCCAUUUUAUGUUAAUUUAAAUAAUUUUCUUAAGUAUUUAGAGCCCAUAAGGCAACCCUGGAAAGUGUCAUUCAUAUACAUGAUGACACAUUACCCAGCAGUGGUGGCUAUACUAAAAUCCACCACUUGACCACAUCGGAAGUUUUCAUGUCUUGGAAUGUCCUAUAUUUAGGCAUAAGUAAAUUGUUUUACGUGGUAUGUGAGUAAUGAGGUUUUUUGGUAAAAAAAAAUUGCAGUUCUUAAGUGUGUUCAUUACUGAAGGUUCAUGGCUGAAGCAGUGUUAAGUGUCUUCAGUAAGCAAAUUAGUAGAGUAUCUAUAGUAGAAUUUGAAAAAGGAUGAAGAUUUAAAAGGAUGCCUGGGGUGAAAUAGAACUGCAGUCCCUUGUGAGACAGCAGGGAGGUGACCAGGAGUAGUUGCUUAGUUAGACAUCUCUGCCUCUUAGACCAGGAGCAGUCAAUACAGAACAGUGUGUACAAACAGCCGUUCUUCUGGAGCAUAACCAGGGUGGAUGCUGAUGGUUUAGUAAGGGAGAGUACAAGCCCGUCUCAGUUCACUCACACACAGAAGGUGUGUUUUCAAACCCUAGUUUGUAAUUUGGUUGUUAUUGCCCUCAUUUUCUUUUCUAGUGAGAUAUAGACUAGCCCAAAACUUUGUUCAUGAGUGUAGAAUUAUUUUAGUAUUAAUAGCCAUGAAUUCUAGGUCUUCAAAAAACAUGCUUUCCCCCUCUUAGGGGAAAAGGAAGGCAAAUUUUAGGCAUAAUUUUGAAAUAUUUGAAUUUGAACUCUGCCCUUUCAACUCCUUUUCACACAUCUGUACAACCAUUUCCUGUUCUUUGUGCAUUCUGUGCACCCCAUUCCUUCACCUCCCCCUCUUAGUCGAAAUCAUCUGAAGCUGUUUUAAUUGAGUAUUUAUUGGUCUCUUCUCCAGUGGAAACCCAGUGUUGAAGGAAGGCAGUUGGUUGGGAUCAAUUCAUGCUGAAGUGUGGAUGACCCACAGCCCCACAGACAUUUCAGAAUUUUUUGUUGUUGUUCCUUAAAGAGGUGGUUUUGCUUUUUUCUUUUUUGGGUUUAGUUUUAAUCUAGUUGAUUCUUUGUUGAUAUUUCAGAGGACAAAUGAAAUGAACGUUUGACUUUGUGGCCAGAGUUAUCUAUCCUUUUCUGUUGGAUAUGAAUGGGCUGUGGUUGGAGAAUACAGGGAAAGAUGGUAGCCAUUCCUCCCCAAGUCCCUAGUCCAUCUGUAGAGGCCGGGACAGACUUUUGUAUUUGAAAAUACCCUCUGGAACUCGCAGGGUGCCUGCAUCAAGUGUAGCAGGAAGGGCUUUUUCUGCACAUCCCACUGUAGCAGAGUCAGCUGCCUAUAGUGAAGGUGAGCAGAGUCCCACUCUGGACAAUGGCUUGUGUGUGUUGGUAAGCUUUGGCCUUCUUGCAGUGCAGAGGCCCUGUGGGACUCUCUUGGUCUGUUGUGGCUGGUAACUAUGCCACCAAGGUGCUGCAUCUGUGGGGUACCAAUCAGCAAACAGUGAUUGAUUCUAGGCCCAAGCAUCCCUGUCUAAAGAUGAAAGACCAAAUUGGCAAAGAAAGGGUGCGUUGAAGGUGUCACUGUGCAAAGUACAAAAGGGCAGAUGAUGAAUAGUGGUGCAAUUCUAUAAGUAGUACAGGCGGUCAGGGUCAGCUCACAGAGGAGGGAACAGGACAGGUGUCAGUGCUGCUGUGUUCUCUGUCAUCAUUGCACCUCACCUUUUCUCACCAUGCCUUACACAGUCUACCUCAUUCAAAAUGUGUUUUCUGUUCUGUGAUACAUUGUUGCUUAUUUUGAUACAAAGUGGUGUGAAUUCUUCAUGAACAAAAGUGAUGAUUUUUAAAAGCUGUCCCACGUUUAUCAAGUGACUCGAUGUCUCCUUGUGCAGCUGUCUCUUACUCCAGACUGAGAAGCAUGAGCCCACUUACCCCAUCGCAACCUUCUCAGCAUGUUAGAGAUGAGUACAUUCCGACUCCAGAGGGAAGGAGCUUCAAGAGGUGUCACGGGAACUGAGUGGUGGUGUUAAGUUUCUCCCCUACUCUACUCAUAAGCAUUUUGUAAUUCUGUAAAAGAGAAAAACUAGCAAGAUAGGUAGAAUGUUUAUCUAAAACUUAAGAAAGAUUUUUGCUUCUAAGUUACUGAGUUUCAAGGAAAUAUUUUUAAAGGCUCCUGAUUUUUUUUUUUUUUUAAAAAUCUUUUUCAUUUCCUUGUAUGCAUGUGAAAUUUAAUUUCAUCCUUAAUGUUCAGGAAAGCUAUAUGCAUAUUUUAAAAGUUAGAUGUUUGGCAUGCUUGAAGAGGGUUUCUAAAUUUAAAAAAGCAGGUCAUAGUGGGCUGCUCCCCUUGAGAACUCUAUCCAUAGCCCUUUUACAUGUAUCUGUGCACACCUGACUGUGGAACACAGUGCCUUGGCCACAAGUGACUAGUCUGCUUCCUCAUUACACAAAAAUUCUAGUGUGGCCCCUGAACGUGUUCCUUAGCCACACUGUAUGGUAAAAGCCAAGAACCCUGAGUUUGAAACUAGCAAAAUCUCAUUUUAAACACUGACCUCAAAUUAUUAAUAUAAUAUUGCAUAAAAAGGGUUUUAGUUCUCUGUACCUAUUUCCUUAUUCUUAAAAUGGGUAAUAGUGCUUACUUUAUGGACUUUUUAUAAACCUUCUCCUGAAUUGUCUGUGAUGAUUAGGAUAUAACAUUAUUGUGUAAUGCCCAAAAGGUUUUAUGUUGAUCAUUUACCUUGUAAAUUUAAUCAGCCUUGUUUGAUAAGGAUGUAGAAAGGAAGGGAGACAUCCAUCAAGUGAAAUUUACUUGAAAAUACUGAAUAAUUCCAUAGUUUGCUUAGCCCUUUUGCUGAAGAUCUGUACUCUCGAGUAGCAUACUGCCUUCUUUCACGUGAGAUUGGUUUUCAUGAGAGAAAGGACACUGCUUAAUUUGUGGCAUUCCACUAAUCUCUUCUGUUAAUUUGGUAGUAUAAAAAGAUUUGCAAAUAAUGAGUUCCAUACCCUCAAAGAUACUUUCAUACACUCUGUCCUGCUUCCACAUUUGUACUGUUGCCAUGUUCUAAGUAGGACUUUCUCCUGACUGUGUGUUAAUAACUGGAAAAUUCCCUAUCAGUAGAAUGGCACCAUCUUGACAGCCCUGGGUUCUGCUUCUACCUUGCUAAUUGUUUCCUUGGGAUUAUUUGGAUUGUGUGGAAAAGCUUUUUGCAAAUCCUCUUAUUACUGAAGUCAUUGUUGCCAGCAGGAAUAAGAUUAAAGGUGCUUAAGUCUGUAGAGUUGUUUCUAAUUUGUACGUGUCAUUUCAGUGGCGUUUUAACAGAACUCUGUCUCCUGUCCCUCCCUUCUCCCUUGGUACUAUCUCAAGUUAAGUCCAAGAAGCCAGACCAUUGGAAGAAAUCACAUUUUAUCCUCCUAAUUAUUAUGCUGGCACUCAGGAGAUAAUUUUUCCCUUCAUGCACUGCCAAUUAAUAUGCAAAUGAGCUGAUAAAUAUUUAUGCAAUGAUUUAAAUUAUGCAGGGAGUGCUUUCAGUGUAUUCUGUAAAUGAAUUGUUCCUGGACUUCAAAGUGCUGGCUGCUGUGCUAACGAGGAGAGAUUUGCAUAAGGCCCUAAUCACGCGCAUACUGAUUAAGCUUCAUUAUGGAAACUGCCAGCUGCAAUCUUUGUUUCUAUUUUAUUACAAAAAGGGGAACUUUUCAUGCUUCAGUUGCCUUGACAAUGUCAGUCCUAGCUGGUAGGAGAGACUAAAACUCCUCUGAGCAACUGAAGUUUCCUUAUUCAGCUGAAGAUUGCUAUGGUGUAACUGAAGUUGUAUUUUGCUUCUCCUGUUAAUCCACUUUCCACUCCCCACUCUGUUCUCUGAAGAACAUGGUGCAGAUUUGUUAGAAAUAGUGCUACCUUCUUUCCCCCACCCCAGACCGCUACCUGUUUCUUGCUUGCUUUGGAUUGUCCACACCUCUAGAAGACUUCACAGCGAUGCUGGACUGCAGUGACUGUGUUCUAGGCUACUUCGGUCACCUUCCCAGUUGCCAAGGGAAAAUAAAUUGAUCAUUCUGAAGAUGGAUGAAUUCUUAUGCAGAAGGCAUGGCCUGAACCCAAGACUCAAGAAUGAACAAUCCGUCAGAAACCAGUAAACCGUCGAUGGAGAGUGGAGAUGACGCUACAGGCACACAAACCAAUGGUCUGGACUUCCAGAAGCAGCCUGUGCCUGUUGGAGGAGCAAUCUCAACAGCCCAGGCCCAGGCUUUCCUUGGACAUCUCCAUCAGGUCCAGCUCGCUGGAACAAGUUUACAGGCUGCUGCUCAGUCUUUAAAUGUACAGUCUAAAUCUAAUGAAGAGUCAGGGGACUCUCAACAGCCAAGCCAGCCUUCCCCGCAGCCUUCCGUGCAGGCGGCCAUCCCCCAGACCCAGCUCAUGCUUGCUGGAGGACAGAUAACUGGGCUCACCUUGACACCAGCCCAGCAGCAGCUGCUGCUGCAGCAGGCCCAAGCCCAGGCCCAACUACUGGCCGCAGCUGUGCAGCAGCACUCCGCCAGCCAGCAGCACAGCGCUGCUGGUGCUACCAUCUCCGCCUCUGCUGCCACGCCUAUGACUCAGAUCCCCCUGUCUCAGCCCAUCCAGAUCGCACAGGAUCUGCAACAGCUGCAACAGCUACAACAGCAGAAUCUCAACCUGCAACAGUUUGUGUUGGUUCACCCGACCACCAACUUGCAACCAGCGCAGUUUAUCAUCUCACAGACUCCCCAGGGCCAGCAGGGUCUCCUGCAAGCGCAGAGCCUUCUAACACAGCUACCUCAGCAGAGCCAAGCCAGCCUCCUGCAGCCGCAGCCCAGCACCACCCUCGCCUCCCAGCCAGCAACCCCAACACGCACAAUAGCAGCAACCCCUAUCCAGACACUUCCGCAGAGCCAGACCACACCAAAGCGCAUCGACACUCCCAGCUUGGAGGAGCCCAGCGACCUUGAGGAGCUCGAGCAGUUUGCCAAGACCUUCAAACAGAGGCGGAUCAAACUCGGCUUCACUCAGGGUGAUGUUGGGCUUGCUAUGGGUAAACUAUAUGGAAAUGACUUCAGCCAAACUACCAUCUCUCGCUUUGAAGCCUUGAACCUCAGCUUUAAGAACAUGUGCAAGUUAAAGCCACUUUUAGAGAAGUGGCUAAAUGAUGCAGAGAACCUCUCAUCUGAUUCAGCUGUCUCCAGCCCAAGUGCCCUCAAUUCCUCAGGACAAGGAGUUGAGGGCUUGAAUCGUAGGAGAAAGAAACGCACCAGCAUAGAGACCAACAUCCGUGCGGCCUUAGAGAAGAGUUUCUUGGAGAAUCAAAAGCCUACCUCGGAAGAGAUCACCUUGAUUGCUGAACAGCUCAAUAUGGAAAAGGAGGUGAUUCGGGUGUGGUUCUGUAACCGCCGGCAGAAGGAAAAAAGAAUCAACCCACCGAGCAGUGGUGGGACCAGCAGCUCUCCUAUCAAAGCAGUUUUCCCCAGCCCAGCCUCACUGGUGGCAACCACACCAAGCCUUGUGACAAGCAGUACAGCAACUACCCUUACAGUCAACCCUGUACUCCCCCUGACCAGUGCCACAGUGACCAACCUCUCUGUUACAGGCACUACAGACAGCACCUCCAACAACACAGCAACAGUGAUCUCCACCGCACCUCCAGCUUCCUCAGCAGUCACCUCCCCGUCUCUGAGUCCCUCCCCUUCUGCCUCGGCCUCCACCUCUGAGGCAUCCAGUGCCAGCGAGACCAGCACAACACAGACCACCUCUGCUCCUUUGUCCUCCCCUCUUGGGACCAGCCAGGUGAUGGUGACAGCAUCAGGCUUGCAGACAGCUGCUGCGCUCCAGGGAGCAGCACAGUUGCCAGCAAAUGCCAGUCUCGCUGCCAUGGCUGCUGCUGCAGGGCUCAGCCCAGGCCUGAUGGCACCUUCACAGUUUGCACCUGGAGGUGCCUUACUCAGCCUCAAUCCAGGGACCCUGGGCGGUGCUCUCAGCCCAGCUCUGAUGAGCAACAGUACACUGGCAACUAUUCAAGCCCUUGCUUCUGGUGGCUCUCUUCCAAUAACGUCACUGGACGCAACUGGGAACCUGGUGUUUGCCAAUGCAGGAGCAGCCCCCAACAUCGUGACUGCCCCUCUGUUCCUGAACCCUCAGAACCUCUCUCUGCUCACCAGCAACCCCGUCAGCUUGGUGUCUGCCGCUGCAGCCUCCACCGGGAGCUCCACACCAGUCGCCAGCCUUCACACCGCCUCCAGCUCUGCAGAGUCCAUGCAGAACUCGCUCUUCACAGUGGCCUCCGCCAGUGGGGCUGCCUCCACCACCACUACCGCCUCCAAGGCCCAGUGAGCGGGGGCGGAGGUGCCGCCAGGGCCUCCACCCUGCAGUGUGGCCAGGCUGCCUGCCAGCCAGCCAGCCAGCCGCUGCCCUCACCACCUGGUGAGGGGGGAGGCAGGGGAGAGGGAGUCCACAUGCCAGAAGAAAGCAAGGAUGGAGACGGACAGCAUUUGCCUAAUUUUAUAAUAAAACACUGUCUUUUCAGGAUUGCUUCAUGGAUUGGAGAACUUUCUAACCAAAAAUUUAAAAAACAAAAAAAUCAAAAACAAACAAAAAAAAAACAAGUGGAAGGACUACUUAUCAUCUCCAGCAGUCGUGAUGACAAGCUAAGGUGGGUACCAGUUCCAGUGUAGGAAGGGAUUUCUGAUUUGUCUAGAUUUCUUUUUUCUUUAAAAAAAAAAAAAAUCAUUUUUAUGGGUCUGUUGUACAGGCCAUUGAGUCAUAACAAGGUGUUUAUAAUCGUAUCAAUUGCGUUGGGGGUUCCUUUCUUAACUGGUACAAUUUAGGCCGGCCUGUAUUACUGUAUCUCUAUGGUUGUUGUUGUUGUUUUUAUAUAUAUAUAUACAUAUAUAUAUAUAGUUUGGACAUGUUUGUCUCUUGCUCCUGGAUCCUGUUUCAGUGAGCUCCCACACUGUGGGGAGGGAGGGUUUGGGGCAAGGGAGGCGUAUGCUCUUAACUGCGGGGAAUGUUCUUGCUGGUUUCCUUAUCCUCCACGACUCUUACAGAGGUGCUAGAAAAUGAUUUUCUUUUGCCACUUAUGCAAGAGGCUGGUGCAAAAGCUGAAGGCAGUGUGUGCAGACACUCCCGCCCAACACGCCCCUCCCCCAGCAGGCGUGCCUUUGGAGCACUUUUGUGUAGGAAGGAAUUCCUGCUGAACUGUAGCUCUCACUCACCCAAUCAUGGACCGCCCCCAGGCCCAGAUCCUGUAGUGCAGCAGCUGCUUUCCGCGCUACUCUCAAUGGGAACAGCUCUAUGUGUUGCAGGCAGGAUUUGGUUCCAAAGAGCAAAGACUACUGCAGACACCUGACUUGGUGGUUCGCCUGAUUUCUUAUCUCCUGAAAAAUGCUCCUACUGUUGGUGUGUUUGUUUGUUUGUUCAUUUUAUGGGAGUUUCUCAUCCAAACUUGUUUUAAUUUCGUUGGCAAAGAACAAAUUGACUUACUGGUAUCGGGGAACUUUUCCCUUUUUUAUUUUCUAAAGGACUUCUAUUAGACUGUUGUCCAUCAAUUGAUAUAUCCAAAAGAGUCCCUGAGAGGAGUCUGAGGUCGCCACCUUUUCCUCUAGAGCACCACAGACUUCCUUUCCACUGGAUGGCUCAUCAGGCCUAACCUGAACUCUCUGGAUUCUCUGACUGACAAGGUACUUGCUGGUGGGGCUUGGGUUCUGCAGAACCUCUGAAGAAACGCUGAGCAGGAACAUGGUGCACCCCUGGGGGGCUGCCCCUGCCAGGAAGUCCAACAGCAGUGCACAUCUCUCUAUUCUUACAGAAAGAGAUCAGCUCUGUAACUGUUUUCAGGGUGUUUCUAGACCACAUAAAUGAGCCAGUGGAAGGGAGGAGCUUGUGAACAUGGACCAAGAGGAACAAGGGCAAUGUAGAGGUUCAGUUCCCAUUUUUGCCAAUGUACUUUUAUAAUACUCUGUAUACCAAAAACCUUCCCCAAAGACUGCCUUCCCACCUUGGAGCUUGAUCUAAGUUUCCCUUCUUUCUGGAGGUAGAGGUUCCCAUCUGGUGUCCCUGGGCACUUGCUUCAGUCUCGGGUGGUCCUAAGACUGCAUUCUGCCCCUCUUUGAGCUGGGGGUUGAGAAAGAGCUUUCCUUCCGAUUGCCCUGCUUGUGUCCUCAAGGGAGCUGGGAUUCGUGUGUUGGCCUGUCCUCCCCACUGUUCAGGAAGGCAGUAAUACUGACACAAAUGUGUACGUGUGUGUGUCUGUGUGUGUGUGAGAGAGAGAGAGAGAGAGAUUCAAGUGGGAGACAGUCAAAUUAAUAUUAAAGGUCAGAAACAUUUUAGUCCCCUUUUAAUUCUUUAGUUCCUCUUGUUUUAUUUCACAAAGUAUUUAACUACCACCCCUAAAUUUCCUCUUACCCAUCAUUUUCCCUAAAAUCCCUCUAAAAUCAGUGAACUACAAGCAGGGAAACUAACAAUGUUUAUCCACCUUUCUGUGUGUGGUGUGUGGUUUUGUUUUGUUUUGUUUUGUUUAAACUAAGCUUGAACCAAAGUCAAUUUUUUUAGCAAGCUGCUGUACUAAUGGACUAGUUUAUAACAUGCAGUUCAGACACAUGGAGGAGAUAGAUGCUACUGACAAUUUCUUUUUCAUUUCUUUUUUUAUUUUAUAUAAAAGUUGCUGCUUGUUUUUAAUCUUCUAUGUUGGUUAAUUGUAAUAUUCUCUGGGCAGACUUACCUUGAUUUUUAAAUAGUUUAUUUAGGUUGGUAUGUAAAUAGAAUGGCUCUGUUAGUUACUAAUUUCUCUCCACUCCAUCAACUUUUUCUCUGUUGUAGUUAAAUGUAAUAUAAUCUCUUAUUCUGACUUGACAUCUCUAAUUUCAGUCUGCGUAAAUGAUUUUAGGGCUAUUACUGUGGCUGCCCAUAGUCACAAGUCCCUCUUUUGGGAGUGGUGGAAGAUAGGAGGAAGGAUUCCGGAAGAGAAAUGCAGGUAGCCACCAUACUGGAUCCGAGGCUAUAAAUCAGUUUCCCAAAUGUUACCAAAGGAAGCAUAGAGCUUCAGGGGACUCUGGCUAUGCCCAGUGAGUUCAGAGAAAGGCUGUUUUUGUUAUUGUUUUCUGUGUAGCUAAAAAAAUGAUCCCUUUCCCAAAUAAGCUUCACCAACAAACUCCAGUACUGAAGAAGAUGCUAAGCUUUAACUGUCAGCACAGUGAUCUUUGAGUCCCCCACCCUAUCUAUAUUCUAAUCACUUUGGAAUAUGGGGAUUCUGUCUUUUUUUUUUUUUUUUUAAUGUGAAUCACUUGAUGGGGGUAGACCUUAAGCCAGCAUAAAAACCUCUGUUGAAAAAGUAAAUCUUUAGACAAGGGUAACUUUAAAACUUUUUUCUUUUUUUCACUUAUUUAAAAAUAAGUUGUGAAAUGAAAGGUACUUUUACGCAUGUACACAUGAAACACUAAUAGAGCUGUUGGUGGGGAUCUUGUUUAGAAUCAGCUCCCCAUCAUCAUCCCUGGAAACUCUGCUGAUCAUACUGCUUCAUGAUCACCUUAGUCCUUGUUUAUUUUAUAUCAUUCCUUUUUUUUUUUUAUCAUCUCAAAUGAUGCUCUUUGAAUUGAAUGAACUAUCUCCUAAGGUGCGGUACUCAGACUUAAAUUUUGGCCACCUUUUCUGGGAACAGUCUUCAAACUUAAAAGGUCCAGUUGACCAAAAAGAAAUAUUUGAUAGAGUUUCUGCAUCUCAGAGAGGAGGAACAAGUAGAUCAUUACAAUGCAUUGCAUUGUUCUUCUGUUUUCCCCUUAAUGUUUAGACAAGUUUUAUUUCAUCCCUGAAUUUGCUUAACACAUUAAGCCAAAGACUAAUUUUAAAUGCAUCUAUAACGAUACUGUAUUUGCCCAUGGUAACAGGCCAUCCCUAGGGGUGGUGAAUGUAGUUGUUUAAAUCCUGCUUAUCAUGAGCAAUGCAAUUUGGUCAUGAACUUUAUUUAUAUCCCAUGUAAAUCUGAAGGACAGAGCAGAAAGACCUGAAGGGGGCCUCUCACAGGAACAAUAUCAUUGUUCUAAGAAAUAAGUUGAGUGCUGUUUCUGAAGUUCAAAAAAAUAGGCAGCUUUUUAGAAUUAAGAAAAAAAAUAUUUAUAUCACUUGGCUGAUGUAAUACACACUCCCAUUUAUUUAUUGUCAGAAAGGUCAGUACCUUCCCAACAUACUCAGCUUGUUGCUUAAGAAUGGAACCAAAGGAAUCCAACUUCCCUCUUAUGCAGGAGCAUGCCUAUUUGUACUUUGUGGUAGCAUUAUUAGAAGUGAACUUUUUUUAGCAAAAGGGAAAAUAUCGAUUUAAAAGUUUUUUGUUCAUCUUGCCGAUUCAUUCUAUAGCGUUUGUUGGGAAAGAAAAAGCACAAUUAUGCCUCUUUUUAAUGUUAUUUUGCCCAUCAUCUUUCAUUUAUUUAGGAAGAUGGGGAAAUAGUCUGUGUAUUAUCCAGAAGCACAAAUAUUUGCUUGACACAACAUCUAGCCCAAUCUUUAAAUUCUAUUUAACGUGCUGGAAAAACCGAAUAUAUUUGCAAAUAUAGGUAAUUACUGUUAGUUAGAAAUCCCGAUUGAAAAUGUUGCAAUUAGGAUAAUAAAUACUUGGUUCACAGAGAAGCCCUCUGAGAGUUCAUGGUCUAAAGUGGUUCCCAAGCUAUAUCAUCCUCACAGUCUUUCUUAACAAAGAAAGAAAUAAGAUCCUUGAGCUAGGAAGCAGAGGAGAAGCCUCUUUCUUUAGUUCCCUCCCCCCCCCAAAAAAAAAAAAAUGCUGCCCAGGUAUGAAGAAGUGAGGACCCUCCUGUGGGCAGCCUUCUGUGGCCUGGCCAUAAGGAACCCCCAAAAGCCAGCCUGUGAUCUGAAAACCCUUGGUCAAGGAAGGGCUGCAACAAUUCAUUAGGAGAGUUUGGCCAAAUACCUUCUCAUUAAAUCAGCAUUUAAACUUGAAGAAUUUAAAGUUUAUUUAUUCUUUACUCUUUAGACUGCCAGUACUGAUGGAAGAAAAAGACUAAAAGGUCUGAAAUUUUAAAUUACCCAGAAGGAACAGGAAUUGGUGGAUGAAUUUGCUUGUGACCACUGUGAGUUCACUGUGUGUCUGUGUCUGUGUGUGCGUGUGUGUCUGUGUGUACGAAGCACUUAAUGCCUCAUACUGCUUGUGUAAUCAUAGCCCUGGCCAUUCUGAAGUCAUUUUCAGUUUGUAACAUUUUGAAGGUGAUACUUUAUAAAGUGGAAAAUCUUUUUUGGUUUUUAUCUUUAGUUUUGAGAAGGAAAAAAAAAAAAAGUCCCUUGGCAUUCCUCUGAGAAUAACUGAGAUGAGCUGUGUGCAGCCUGGGUGGCACCUGCGAUAUGCACACAGUGGGGGACAGAAGGCAGCAGGGUCAUCCCUGACAGCUGACUGGAGUUCUUUGCCGGUUCUGCCCGUCCUUUUCUUACUCCAGAGAGAUUCAACAGGACAGCCUUGAAAUUUGCAGCAGGACUUGAAAGGGUCCUACCAGGAGGGCAGGGAACACGUUUCUUGAGUUGUCCAGUUUGCAUCCAGUUCUCUGGGCUAACAGCUGUCGCUUUCCAUGGCCCUCCCUAUUCUUGAGGCACAGUUACUUAUUGGACUCUUCUGCCCUGGCCUUUGUGGGACUCUUAGGUGGCUGUCUUAUCUGGGUCUCCUUCCUUCCCCUCCUUCCUUCUCUGUGAAUGUGGUACCUUAGUCUGUGAGGCUGAUUGAUGCUUGUGGGUAACCGCUGGCUUCUGGCACCUUCAUAAAAUACCUCAGCAUAGCUUACGUGUUGCAGAAUUGGUUUAAACUAAAAACCAAAUAAAUAAAAGAAAAAACUUUAUAAAUAGUGGAAAUAAUUCUAGCUGUAGUAUUUAGUUAAACUAAUGUUCAUUAUCAUUGAUAAACAUGAUUGAUGCUGUAUGUAUUUGGGAUCCUGUUUAUAGGUUACAAUUUACAGGGUUAGGGAGGGUUGGGGUGGGGGAGAAGAUGAUUAUGUUAGAAGGAAAAUGUUGUUGUGUGUGUUUCCUUAAGUCUGUCCUGCCGAAGGAAGCCUGGUGUCCCUGGGACUGGGCUUGGGAUUUACAGCCCUCUGAGGUCUGGUGUGCAGGGCUGGGCAGGGCACAGUGGUGUGUGCGAGUUGCCACGGGAGCAUUUGCAGCUUUUCUAUGGCUGCCAUGUCCCCAAACAUGCCAGCCUCUCAUAAUGACCAUUACCUCUGUACAUAGCAGACACUUAGGCAAAGGAUGAGUGUAGCCAUCCGAGUGUUUGGGGAGAAGUAGAGACAGAGGAAGAUGCACACCAACUCACUGAGAGAGAGCAUUGAGCAAUGGCCCUGACCUAGGACAGUUAAGGUGAUUCCUCGUGUCAUCCUCUGUCAAGCUGUUGAAUGUUGUGCUAGCAGCCCAACAUUUAAAACCUCACUUCCUUUUCUCAAAGAAUAGUUCUGUCUAGACCAGAAACACAAACAGAAGAAAGACCACCAGCCUGCUCCUCACACCUGUGACAAGGUGCAGCCUUUAAGGACCGGUUGGUUGGUGGGAUGGAGGGGAGUUCUGUUCCGAGUGGGGGCAAAGAGGAGAAACAGUGGUGGUCAGGAGAAUUGGGAGCCCUUUCUGCCCAUGCUCCCGGCUCCCUGAGUUCAGGUGUAGAACUCCAGAAAGGCUUUUAUUUGAAUAAGUGAUCCAUCUCACAGAACUUACGUGGGGUUUGGUCUGUGACCAGAGACACUGCUGUGUCAUUGCUUAUCUUUGGUUUUCAAAACAGGCAGAGAGAAAGGACCAAAAAGCUGGAAUUUAGAAAAGUUUGACCUUGUCUCUUCUUCCCCUCCUUCCCUCCUACCCAUUUUUUGAAAGUCUUACUGGUUAUUCUGCCUUUCGAAAAGAGAUUGGUUUUGUGUCCCUCUGCUGGCUCUGUGAAGAUGGAGUUGCUCCGUGUGGCCAUGAUAUUCUUGGAAUUGCUGAGAAAUUUUGGGAGGGCAAAAGAUGGGGUAAAUUCUUUAUUUCCAUUUAUCUAAUCCUCAUAAAUAGAACUGUAGAGCCUGUUUGGGUUCAGACAGUGUUUAGAUGUGGUAUCUGUCCUGUCUCUCCUAUGAAGCAGCAUUUUCAAGAGCAGGAUUACAAAGGAAACAAAAGCUCUUCCCUUCUCCUGUAGAGCUGUUUUGUUCCCAGAUGUCUUUAAAAUAUAUGGUUCUGGGAAGUUGAGUAGUCCUGUCUCAGUGUCCUCCAGACAGGGCACGUGCAAGGGAGAGGGAAGGGAAUAGGAAUAGUUGCUCUCUUAAUCAUCCCUCAAAAAUGAUCAGGGUGCAGAACCUCAUAAUAGCUUUCCUAAUAAUCUUACUGUUCUGACAUUAUGUAAAGGUAGUCUUAAUAAUGUGUGACUUUUUUAAAAGCGCUAGGUAGGUUUCUAAGUAGGUGAUAGGGAUAUUGAAGAUAAGAGCACUUGAAACAAAGCUGUGGGAAGACAAGGUGUGCAUAAGGACCGCGUGGAAGGAAGGCGCUUACUGUUGCUGUGUCCCUGAGUCUGUCCAUGUGCCCAGUGUCGGCUUCUGGUUCAAACCCAGGAUGCUGCCAAAAGUUAAGACCCCCAAACUAAUUUAGUGUAAAAAUGUUAAGGUCUGCUGCAGGGUUUUCCCUGUUCACUAGAUCGUUGUAUGUAAGUUGGCCACCACCUCACAAGAACAGAUGGAGACUGCUUCUGUAAACUGGCAACAGCUCUGACUUCUCCACCAUUGUACCCCAAGUCUGCGGGCGGACAGCUGGGGACAGUGCUGUUUUAAAACGAGACAUCUGGAAACCUUAGUUCCUUGAAACCGGAAUCUCUUACAGCAGAGCCUGAUCCCGUCCAGCCCCAGGCAUCCUGGAGUCUGAGAGCAAGGGAGGCAGGAAAGCACUUUCAGAGGCUCAGGUGGCAACCUAGGGACAGUGCAUUGCAGGCGGUGGGGGGUGCCCACCUCUAGUUCCAUUCCCACAUGAGUCUGCAGAAGGUGCCCACUUCUAAGAGCAGAGUGAACUAGUGCAGCCUGAUGGUGGUUAAGACUGUAAACAAUGGGAGAAAGCGGGAGGGAUCAUAGACUACGCAGAUGCAGGGCACGGACUCUGCAGCAACCAGUGUGUCUCCUCGAAGGUUGGUGGUGGGUAGAAAGAGCCUUCUCCCAGCUCUUGGCUCUGCUCACCUGGGCACGUGCGAGGGUCCACCAGGGUUCUGACCCUGCAGGUCACCGCCUGCACGGGACAGCAGUGACAGAGGCGAGUGAGGAGCACAGAGUUCUGCCCACCUGGCGUGGGAGCUCUUGUAUACCUCAUUGCUAACUCGUGACUGAGUGGCUUGCUUUAACUUCCUCUCAGCCCCACAGAGCUGCCCAACCCACCCUCCCCUUUCGGCAACGCUGAACUCUGGCCUAUAGCAUUGUGGGACCUGUCUAGGGUGGGACCCUAGGAGCCCCUGAAUGCCGCUGCUCAGAGGCUACUGCGAGCUGGGGCGGGUCGCAGCCCAGGGUUCCUUUUGUUGCCAGGGUCUUCCCAGGUCUCAUAACCUGGUUGUCCUGCCACCUGCCUUCAGGGUGCCAGCUGUCUGCGCCCCGCCCCACCCCGUAUUUCUGACUCUGGCCACAAUUUGACUUCUGUCCUUGCCUCUCCCCAGGUGGGGUCUAGGCCGUCUCCUUCCCCUGAGACCUGGGUGGAAGGGAAGACACCAAAGGUCCCUUGGAGUGGACUGCUGCGUACACAUUUCACUUUUUUCCUUUGACACGACCAAAAAAAAGAAAUCCAAAUAUUUAAGUUGUUUUUUAUUAUUAUUAUUAUUAUUAUAUUAUUAUUAUUAUUUGACAAUCUUAUAUUCAGUGGGCUCUUCAGAAGCUGCAUCCCCAGCCCUUCACCUUUUCUUUGAAUGUAGUGCUUGGCCUCCCAUUCCCACCCGUAAAGCUGAAGAAACCCUUCGCCAGGUCUCAGACUGCUGCUAUAAGCCAGGGGAGGGUGGUUUCUUUGUUUUGUUUUGUUUUGUUUUUAAAUUUCCAGCCAAAACCAAAGAUUUCUUAAUGAUUGUAUAAACUCAAAACAAACAAAAAAACCAAAGAAAAGGGAAGUAAGUCUUCAGCAUCAGCCAGUUCGCCACGUCCUGGCACUUGGCGCAGUGGGGCCGGGCAGGGGCCUCGGACUCUAAAGGGCGGGGAGCUGUUUUCCACGCCGGGGGUUUCCUUCAGGUGUGUCUCGGUGGCUUUGGCGCUUGCCAGCUUGUGAGCAUGCCAGGAAGCAAUUGGCAUUUCAGAUUUCCCAAACCCCGUCACACCAUACUCCAUCCGACUGCAAGCAGGGCCACCAGGGGGACUUAGCACAGGGACUAGGGGGCCAGAGCCGCUGCUGGCCAGGCCACAGGCCCCGCAGAGUGGGGGAAGUUGGGACACUGCGCGGUGGUCCGCUCGCAGGGCUUUGGUCAGGGCCUCGGAGCUUUCCUCUCUCCCCCACUGAGCUGCUUGGGGUGGCCAGAGGCCGCAGGACGCCCAUCGGGCACUUCGCUUCUCUCCACUGCGGUUUGUCUCCCCUCCCAGCACCACUGUGCAACUAUGCAUUGUACUUCACAACCUCUCGCGCGAGGUCGAUGCCUGUGACGUUUUAACCUGGGGGGUUGCAAAUGAAGGAACUUUUUACAUGGAUCUUUUUAAUCUCAGUUGAUUGGGGGAGGGGGGUAUUUGGUUCUAGGGUCAUACAAGCUCUAUCCCAAAGCAAAAUCCAAAUGUUAAUAAUAUUAGCCUGAUGCAGAUACCAAAGAAAAUUUCUUUCCUGCAGAACCUUAGACUUGUGUAUUAAGUACGAUUACCCAGCACUUGCAUUAGUCUAACCUCAGUAAUUCCAAAGCUUAGAUGUAUAUUUUGGUAUAUUUCUGGGAUUUAAAAAAAAAAAAUGUCGUUUAACUUCUUGUUUGUUUCAGUGUAAUGCUCUUAAAGUCAUAGCAUGGAACUAAUUGAACUGUCCUAUUCUUAGUAGUUUGAAAUAAUAGUAUUUUUGUAUGUUUUGGGUGUGUCUGUCUAUGUAUUAACAUAACAGUUUUCACUGCCUAGGUGUUCAUAAUAAAAAAGAAAAUGAAAAAGUUGUGAGUGUACAUAAUAUUCAGUAAUAGUCCUCCACCAAGUGUCAUCUGGAUCACAUCGUCACUGAUGACUGUGCCCAACUGGGUUUUGUUUUGUUUUAAAGAAGCAGUGAUUGUGUUUUUCUAAAGAUGCUUUCUUUUUCUCUGUCUUCAAAUACCUUAACUCCCCCACUUUUUCUUCCUUUUUCUUUCUUGUUCUUUUUUAAAUUACUGAUUCAGGGGUGUUUUUCCACUGUUGUCAAGGGAGGGGUACAAGGGGAAUUGUCCCCUGACCUCCUAAAACUUCUUGUUUUAUGUACUUUAAAAUGUGAGUUUGAGUUCUUCUUUGUGGAAACUUAAGACGUGGUGUAAAUGAUUCUUUCCAAAAUUGUCCAGCAGCUUUAAUGAGGCAGUGACAAGUCCUAAGUAGUUUACUGGGAGUCCUUUUACAUUUCUCCUUAGACGACUUUGCAGUCUGGGUGGCUAUUGUAUAGCCUCACUGCCCCAGAGCGCCUGUGUAGCCAUUUCCCCUCAGGUAGAAAUAUUUUGUAAGAAUCAGCUGAUGACUUGGAGCACUGAACCUUGUUAUCUGUGCCCCUGGGAAACAGAGGUUUCCUGGUUUUGGAAACCUCAAACAAAGCGACUUUACCUGCUGGGGAACUAGCAAGCCUCCCAAGCCUGUGGAGGUGGUGGGGACUGUGAGAGGUGCUGUCUCUUCAAAAGUGCCCUUUAUGUGACCCCCUCCUGCUGCCCGCAGGGCUGAAGGCUUGGGAGAGACUGCAUAGGUGCCAGUGAAUCAGAAUGAAUUGGUAGAUUUUGUGUAGAUGCAUUUGUCUGCUGUAAUUUUUAUAUAUAUAUAUUAAACUUACUGUAACUGUACAGUUCAUUUCUGUUGUAAAACAUCAUUAAACCAUUUUUCAAGUGUU